GUGUCGUUUGUGUUUUCGUAGGCGGUCAUUGGGAGGAGGUCAUUGUUGGCUGGGGCAACGCCAACACUGGCUAUGGCGGUUGCAUCAGCAGGUUGGGGCGGGGCCCAAACCGGGCACUGCUCCGCCUGCUGGUGGACAAGUACGCGCACCUGGUGGUGUACGUGGACGAGUUCUACACAUUGCAGGUAUGUGCGAAGGACGUGACGUCAACUCCGCAACCAACAUCCGGCACGCGCUGGUGGAGAUGCUGCUGGGGCACAAGCGACCUGCAUCGCUGCAGACUGGCGGCGGCAGCGGCGGCGGUGGCGGUGGCGGCGGCAACAGCAGGGGCGCGUGCGCGCAUCUUGGUAGCGGAGGGGGCGGGAAAGGCCGCGUGGAGGAGGAGAGCGCAGCGCCGCCCAAGAAGCGGCGCAAGCGCGCAGGCUGAGGAGCCGGCUGGCGGUGUCUAGGUAGCGGUCCGCGGUGGGCCUGGCAGGGCAUGCGUAGCGGCAUGACAAGUAGUGCGGCUGUUGACAACUGUGCUGCGUCUGGCUGCGGUUGGCUCUGCUGUGGCAUCGCGACUGCUAGAUAGGCACCUGGUUUGGCUAUGUGCCUGUGGAAACCGACCCCGGCUAUGUCCGGGCGAUGAGGUUGUUCGGCCUCAGACUGUGGAGGGGCUCAGCCCCUUUUCCCGUGACCGGGGAACACUUGUCGUAGGCGCUGCACAUGCGAGGAGCGGUGGCUCUAUGAUAGGCCGCAUAGGUACCGGUGUUGCGGUGUUGCUACUUGAUACAUGACCACUCGUUGGUGAUGCAAGCAAGGGAAUAGCUUGUGCGGCGUCGUGCACUGUCGGUCGAAACGACGUAUAGUAGCCGCAUCCCUCAAACCGCCAGGGUACUUUUCUCGCUUGAACCUGACGAGUUUUGCAGGCAAGUAACACGUCGCACGCGGGCUCAUAGCGUGACAGGCACCCAGCACCAGUUGUAUGAGGACGCCCGGUGCUGUUUGGAGUGAGCGGAAGGUCAGAGAGAGGCGAAGGUCAGAGGGAGGCGAAGGGUGGGUGUGGGUGCUGACGGAGUCGGGUCUUGGGCAGAUGCAGUCGAUCGGCGGUGUCAGACGGUGCAGUUCCGCAUGAGUUUCCGUCGAGUUUC